GCACAAUCACUAUACAUCAGUCAUACAUCAGUCAUACAUCAUGGAUUGUUUUAUUAUUUUCAAAACUGAAUACUGUACAGAUCAUUUAUAAUUAAAAAAUAAUUAAUUGGGCGUCAAUGAUUUAACUGUACAACCAUGCAAUAAGCAUUAUUUUAGGGAAAUGAAUGCGCUCACAACUGCCUCUGUUCAGAUUGUGUAGGUGAAAGCAGAUGGAGGCUACCAGAUUGUCCACUGCUGUCCACUGAGUAUAAGUGUGCCAUAUGCCCUCAAAAAUACUGCUUUUAUUACCUCCCCAUUGUCAAGGCAUCUAUACAGAAAGUAAUUUGGGAGCGAGCUGAUGGGAGGGGAUAACGUAGCAGCUUGACAAUAACAGCUGCCUUUAUUUCAGAAACGGAAAAAUAACUGUCCCUACCGAGGCCCAUCUCCUUUUAGACAGAAAAGGAUAAUUUUAUACCAUUUAUAAUUGUCCGUAUCACAACUUGACCAAUGGCUUUAUUUUUGAGAAAUUCAUUGUUCAGCCGCACCUUAUAACGUGUGUGUGACAGGACAGACUCAGAUAUGUCUUACAGAAAGCAAAAAGUCACAAAGCAAAGUCAAAAGCUUUUAAUCAGGUAUCAAUGUUUUUAUUUUUGAAAAGAUUGAGAAGAUGAAAGACGCAUGGUCGCAUCCACAAAAAAUAGUCAAUAAAAGCAGAACAUAUAGGCUUCUGACUGAGAGCUUCCCGCUUUUAAAAAAUUGAUUUACCAUGAUUUUUAUUUAUUUAAAUGAUUGCCCCAUUAGACUAUGUUUAAACACAGUGUGAAGGUGUGGCAGAAUAGUGAAUUUCUCAAAAAUAAAGCUGGUGGAGUAGUGAAAUGGGCAGUUAAAUAUGAUAGGAAUCGCUGUUGUACACACACAUCAACACUGGGCGAAGGUCUUGCUCUCAGGAUAAUUUAAGCAGAUUGCCCUGGGAGUGGGUUGGCCCUUUAGACAUCUUUGUGAGGUUUUAUUGUCAGGGAGGAGCAAAUGGAAAUGCUGAGUUCAAAAGAGCUGUUAGUAGAAUCAAAGACAAUCAAUCUCCAGACAGAAGAGAGAGACGGAGGAACGCUGAGAAAUUGUUCAAUUCCAGAUUUUGGCGAUGACAAAAACCUAAAAAGGUUUGCUAAAAUUCCCACUCGCCUGAAUCUUGGAGAUGACCUGGGGGAGCACAGCAAGUGACGCAUUCUGCAGUCAGGGGGACUGUAGUUCAGAGCUGGAACUGUACUUUACUGCUUAUACGUCUUUCUUUCACGAGGUCAGAAGAUCAGCGGAUGAACAGGUCGAGUGGGGUAAACAGGAGUUGACUCUUAGUGAGAUUCAACACAAGAUUAAGGAGUAUAAUGCACAGAUCAACAGCAAUCUCUACAUGGUGGUUAAUAAAGACGGGUCCUACACUGGUUUCAUCAAGGUCCACUUUCAGUUGGUCCGUCCUAUCUCCCUUCCUCCCCCUCAGAGCCUGUGCUCCACACAGGAGGAAGAACAGCAGGGCGGACGAAUGAAACGGCGGACAUCUUUCUACCUCCCCAAAGACACUGCCAAGCACCUGCAUAUAAGUUCCCAAACACGUGUACGAGAAGUCAUUGAGGCAUUGCUCAACAAGUUCACUGUGGUGGACAACCCAGCCAAGUUUGCCCUGUUUGAACGCUUUGAGAGACAAAAUCAAGUGUACAUGCGUAAACUGUCUGAUGAUCAGUGUCCCCUCUACCUGCGAUUGUGUGCUGGCCCCAGUGAAAAAGCCUUGAGUCUGGUUUUGAAAGAGAAUGAGACAGGGGAAGUAAAUUGGGAUGCAUUCAGUUUUCCUGAGUUGUGCAACUUUUUGCGAAUCCUGCAGCGCGAGGAAGAAGAGCAUGUACGGCAGAUUGUGAAGCGCCACACUCUUGCUAGAGACAUGAUGAAGCAGGCCAUGGCGAGGAUUACUACUCCUGGUUGACAUUCUGCCUCUUUGAAUAGUAUUGUUGAUCAGCAAUAUAAAAGGGAAAGAAAGAGCUCAGACAAUGACAUUGUUUUGAUUAAGUGUUGGUUAUGAAGCAGGGAUACAAUGAAUGUGAACUACCUAAAGGCUUAGACCUUGCUAAUUUUGUGCAAGCAGAGCCACUGUUGUAAACUGAAGGUGGGAUGGAUUAUCUCUGUCUUAACUGGAUACAGGUCUUUGUUGAAAAACCAUGCUGCUUGACUAGUUUAUUUAUAGUGGUAUUAAAAACACAGUUUUAGUCUUUCUGGUAAUCUAUCACAUGAUAUAUAGUUUAAUUUAUAUUCUGUGAAGCUGUUUGGAAAUUUUGGCACUUUAAUGAACCUGUGAAAUGGAUUUGGGCAAAAGUAAAAUGUGAACCAAUGUCUAUGAAGAUUCUCAGUCAUCCAGGUCAUAGUUAUCCAACGAAGGUUAAAGUCAAGGGCAACUGGACUUGGUUGAAGAUACUGAAGAAGUCCUUUGGAUGAGGGACGAAACGUCUUCCAGUAUCUUUAACCAAAUCCAGUUGCCCUUGACUUUAAUCUUCGUUGGAUAAUGUGAACCAAUGUAUUUGCAUCCUAAUUAUCUAAUAAACUGGUGACAAUUAA